CUGUCUACACUGUACCAUCCCCCUCCCCACAGUCCCCCACUCCCUCCCUUCCUCUUCACCACCCGGCCAUCCUAACCCCCAAGUGCGCGUGCCCGUCCUCCCCAGCCCUACUCUCUCUCCUCCCUCCCUUCCCCACCACCAAGUCGGAGCCAUCCCACGCGCGCGCGCUCGAUCCUGGCUGUCUGGAGUCAGUUGCUCCAGCGCCCGCGCGCGCUGGUCUGUCCCUGCCCCUGCCCCUGCUGCCGCUGCUGCCGACGCAGGGGCCGCCGGGGCCUCGUCCUACCGCCACCAGCGGAGCGCGAGCGUCGGGAGCCAGGCGCGCGGCCCCCUGCCCAGGCUCAGCCAGCCAGAAUACACCCAGUAUGUGUGAACAGUUCUGCAGAGUCUUCAGGAAUGUUGACUGUUUGCCAGACCAGAAAAAUGUACUUUUGACUGUAAGACUGUUAAAUUCCUGGACCAUCUAUCUUCCCUGAAGGACUUCAAAUGAAUCUUUACAAGCUAACUAUAGUGAUAGACUAAGAAUGACCUACCAAGGCAAUGUUAAUGAAAACUAGUGCUGAGACUGCAGAUGUUUUAGUUGAAAACAACAGAAUUCUGAUUCACCAUCUGCUCUGGUAAUGGAACAGAUACCUUUUAUGACCACCAUCUAAAGAUGGACAUAGGGCUGAAUCGUAACCACAGGUGCUGCGACAAAGAACACUUUAAAGAUGCAUAAAAGUCUGUUUAAGGUGAAGGGGAAGAACUGGAGAAAAUAAUGAGGUGAUGCAGUGGAUAGAGCACUGGGCCUGGAGUCAGGAAGACCUGAGUUCCAAUCCAGCCUCAAACACUUCAUAGCUGUGUAACUGAGCAAGUCACUUAACCUCUGCUGACUCAAUUUCCUCAACUGUAAAAUGGGGAUAAUACUAGCAUCCUCCUCACAGGGCUGUUGCAAGGAUCAAAUGAGAUAAUACUUAUAAAGCACUUAGCACAGUACCUAGCACAUAAUAGGUACUUAAUAAGUGAUUGUGUCCUCUCUCACUACAAUUUCAUCUGGUUUCAUAUCUUUAACUAUUUAUUUGAUAGAGAUAACUUCUAAAUUAUCUCGAGUCUUGACCUUGCUGUCGAGUUCCUUACAUUGAUAAUUCCUCUUGAGUACUAAAAGCAAGCUACAGUAGCACUUCAAAAUCAUACUUUAAAAAUUGGACUUAUCUUUCCUCUACAAAUGUCUCUUCUCGCAUUCCCCUUCUCCUAUCUUUGUUAAUUAUAUCACCUGGUAUCCAGGUUCAAGUCCUCAUUCAUCUUUGAUUCAUUCAUUUUCUCCCCCAUAGUUCAAAUCCAUUCAAUAACAAAAUCAUUUUGAUUCUACUUUUAUUGAUCACAGCUUUCUUUUUUUACUCCCUUUGUAUAAUCUCUUGCCCAGAAUAUUCAGUAGCCUUCUUACUCGUCUUCAUGACUCCGGUCUAGUUUCUCCAUCACAUACUCUCUUCUGUUUUUCCUAAUACACAGCUCUGCUUAUGCCACUCCUAUCCUCAAAAAGAUUACACCAUUUAACAGAAUAAAGGCUUUUAAAAAUUAUUUUCAACAUGUGGAACUUUGAGGAGUCUUCUUCUAACCAUGAAUGACUCAAGGACUGCUGAUAAUGUAGUAACAAGGAAUUUUCUGGUUGGGUUUGGAACCAGAAAGAUCAAAGACAGCUGGAACUGAAUUUGUAUCCAAAGGGAUCAAUACUCCCACCUCUCAGCUUUUUUUCUCUUCCCUCUUCUCUGGCAUCUUUCAAGUUAGGAAACAGCUACUACAGGAGAAGUGAUGGUCCCUGUCACUCACCCUGCCACCAUAUGUCCAUGAAAGCAUGGCUUCUCUGUUCCUGUUGUGUUUCUUCUUUCCUGAUCUUAGGUAAGAGUUUCCUGAGAUGGGAGUACCGUUGCAAUCAAUGAGACUGGGAGAUCCAUCAAAGCCACCUGAGGUCCCAUCAACAACUGGGAUCCUGGAGCCGAUGGCAGUAGCAGCUGUGUCUGGUUUAAUGGGGAAAAUGUGCACUUUUCAUCCAAUUGAGAAUCAGCUCUUGGAAAACAAUCCUUUGUACCUCAUGGAUUAGCUGGAAUUUGAACUGUGAAGCCCUUGCUAAGAAGAGCUUUCAAGCUUUGAUCACCUGAACUAACUAGCAAUGGCCAGCAAACGAAAAUCCACCACCCCUUGCAUGAUACCAGUAAAAACUGUGGUGUUACAGGAAACAGAAGCAGACCCUGUCGAAGGUUUUAAUGAAGGAACUCAGCAAGAGUUACCUCCUGAAACGCCUAGUGUUAAUGAUGCUGUUAACAACAACAACAAUAAUAAUGGAACACUAUCUAAUGGGCAUCGAAAUACUUUUGAUGGUGAUUCUUAUGUAUGUAAAUAUUGUGAUUUUGGGUCUCAAGACAUGAAUCAAUUUAUGGGGCACAUGAACUCAGAACACACAGACUUUAAUAAAGACCCCACUUUUGUAUGUAUUGAAUGCAGUUUUAUGGCAAAAACCUCUGAAGGGCUUUCACUCCACAAUGCCAAAUGUCAUACUGGUGAGAUCAGCUUCAUUUGGAAUGUGGCCAAACAGGACAAUCAUAUAACUGUAGAGCAGAUCAUCUCUGAUAGCACCAGCAGUCAUGACCUUUCAGGGGAAUCCUAUGAAGAAGGGAUAGAUGGACAAGCUGAAAUUAUCAUAACUAAAACUCCAAUUAUGAAGAUAAUGAAAGGGAAAGCUGAAGCCAAAAAAAUUCACACGCUGAAGGAGAACUUGCCGAAUUCAUCUGUUGGGGAGAAUUUACUAAGUCAGCCAGCUGGGGAUAACUUAGUCAGUCAGUCAGUUGGUGAAACUGAUGUAAAAGAGAGUGACCAUUCUUUCACCAAUGGCUCUGUUCCAGUCAGCCAGGCAACCAGCAACCCUGUGAAAACUUCACACGUUGCCAAUGGCCCACUAAUUGGAACUGUGCCUGUUUUACCUGCUGGUAUAGCUCAGUUUCUAUCUAUUCAACAGCAACCCCAAGUGCAUGCACAACACCAUCACCACCAACCAUUGCCCACAUCCAAGUCACUUCCCAAAGUGAUGAUUCCCUUGAGCAGCAUUCCAACAUACAAUGCAGCCAUGGACUCAAAUAGCUUCCUGAAAAAUUCUUUCCAUAAGUUCCCCUACCCAACCAAAGCUGAGCUUUGCUACUUGACUGUUGUGACCAAGUACCCUGAAGAACAACUAAAAAUUUGGUUUACUGCCCAAAGAUUGAAGCAAGGUAUCAGUUGGUCCCCUGAGGAGAUAGAAGAUGCACGGAAAAAGAUGUUUAACACAGUCAUCCAGUCAGUACCUCAGCCUACAAUCACAGUUUUAAAUACCCCUUUGGUUGCCAAUGCUGGCAAUGUCCAACAUCUCAUUCAGGCUGCCUUACCCGGUCAUGUUGUUACAGGUCAACCAGAAGGUACAGGUGGAUUGCUGGUCACUCAGCCAAUAAUGGCCAAUGGGCUACAGGGGACAAGUUCCUCUCUCACCUUAGCAGUUACCUCUGUUCCCAAGCAGCCAGCUGUUGCACCGCAUAACACUGUUUGCUCAAAUACUGCAUCCACUGUAAAGGUGGUAAAUGCUGCUCAGUCUCUGCUCACUGCAUGCCCAACUAUAACUUCCCAAGCUUUCCUAGAUUCUAGCAUCUACAAAAAUAAAAAAUCUCAUGAACAGCUAUCGGCUCUGAAAGGUAGCUUUUGUAGGAAUCAGUUCCCUGGGCAAGGUGAAGUAGAGCACUUGACCAAAAUUACAGGCCUCACCACAAGGGAGGUUCGAAAAUGGUUCAGUGAUCGAAGAUACCAUUGCAGAAAUCUGAAAGGUACUCGAAGCAUGUUACCUGGAGAUAAUAGCUCUAUGAUUAUGGACUCAGCACCUGAUGUCACCUUCACUCUGUCACCCAAAGCACCCGACCUAGCCUGUGUGACGACAGCAACAACACCAGGGGUUCAUCACUCGGCUAAACGGCAGUCCUGGCAUCAGACACCAGAUUUCACCCCAACAAAAUAUAAGGAGAGAGCACCGGAACAGAUCAGGGCCUUGGAGAGUAGUUUUGCACAAAAUCCUAUUCCUCUUGAAGAAGAAGUAGACCGACUGAGAAGUGAAACCAAAAUGACAAGAAGAGAAAUCGAUAGCUGGUUUUCAGAGCGGCGGAAAAAAAAGUCUGCUGAAGAGAACAAAAAAUCUGAAGAGGCAGCUUCUCAAGAGGAGGAAGAAGUUGAAGAAGACUGUGGUGAAGAGGAUCCUGCUGAUGAGUGGAGGGUUUCCAGCGAGAAUGGCUCCUCUGAGGCUCCAGGGGGUGACCAGCCUCGAGUGGAGCGCAAAGUCAGCCCCAUCAAAAUCAAUCUCAAGAAUCUGCGAGUGACAGAGGCAAAUGGCCGAAAUGAAUCACUUGGACUAAGUGCCAAUGACCAUGAGGAGGAGCAGGGUUUGAACAAAUCCCUGGAACAACCCAAAAACAAAGUCAAUUAUAAAAAGACUGCUCAGCAAAGGCACUUGCUCAGGCAGCUUUUUGUCCAAACACAGUGGCCGACCAAUCAGGAAUAUGAUGGUCUCGUCUCCCAGUCCGGCCUGCCCAGGGCCGAAGUCGUACGCUGGUUUGGAGACAGCAGAUAUGCACUUAAAAAUGGACAGUUGAAGUGGUACGAGGACUAUAAACAUGGUAAUUUCCCCCCUGGUCUGUUGGUCAUCAGUCCAAGCAAUAGAGAGCUUCUCCAGGACUAUUACAAAACACACAAAACGCUGUAUGAAGAUGAUCUUCAGAGCCUAUGUGACAAAACUCAGAUGAGCUCACAACAGGUUAAGCUGUGGUUUGCUGAAAAAAUGGGUGAGGAAACCCGAGCAGUAUCUGACACUUGCAGUGAGGACCAGUAUUCCAGCACUGGAGAACAAGCAGGAAAUCCCAAAGGGACUGGUGACACAUAUUCAGAGGUUUCUGAGAACAGUGAGUCUUGGGAGCCCAGUGGCCAGGAGAUCAGUUCAGAACCUUUUGACACACUGAGCCCUCAGGCUGGAAUCCAGCUAGAAGCAGAUUGAAUUUAAACUGACUCCUGUGAAGGAUCUGCCAAAUGUGGGAAGAUGUCAAAUGGAAUGGGCCGGAUCUGAACCUCUGCUGCAGGGGCCAGUUAUAGUGCCUGCUGCUGUGAGACUUUUAGCCAAGCACACUGGGGAGGGGCUGUUGGGGAACUCGCUGGUCAGCCCAGAGCUCUUCACAGCCAAUUUUAGGAUGAUAUGCUGAGCUGGAGAGAGCAAGGUUCAUGCCAGAUUCUUCCUCCCGCAAUAUAGGACCUUUUCUUUGCCUUCCAGUGGAUAAAAUACUUCAGAUUUCUUAUUCAUGUACAACAGAACCAACUUUUUAACAUAUACAUCUGCCUAUACACAUUUAAUAAAACAUCAGAUUAUAAACAUGUUCAUUACCUAGAAACUUCUGAAUAGCAAAGCAGUGCAUUUCCUUUUUUUCUCUCUAUGUUUAGUGUCUCUUCUCUGAAAGUUGAUGUCACUACGUUUUCUCCUCUCAAAGUCUUUUUAUCAGGGUGCAGUGCAUUGAAUCUAGAGAGUGUGUCAUUACACACGUUAGACUUUAUAUGGAAUCCUUUUAUGGACCCCUUUCUGAAAAUAAUUCUGCUUUGUUAAGCAGGCUCUGACCAGCAAAUCUAUAAGCAACAGUUUUCUUGUCUGAAGUGAUAGUUGAAUAAUAGCCGUCUAUUUCCCUAGGUUAAAAAAAAAAUGAUCAGUUACUUGAUUAAGUUUCCUUUUCAUGAAAAUUCUAAUGCUAGAUCAGUUAUUAACUAUUUUUCCAUUAUUGGGUUAAAUGAAGAUGCAUUUGAUCUUUAACUUGGUGUGUGUGUGUGUGUGUGUGUAUAUAUAUAUAUAUAUAUAUAUAUAUAUACACAAUGUGUGUGUAUAUAUAUAUAUAUAUACACACAUAUAUAUAUUCAAAUCCCUACAUUCUUUUAGCCAGUAAUGUUCCAGUAUUAAAUACAAGCAAAAUCCAUAAAUAAAAGCACAAAACCACUAUGUACAGCAUCUUUCACCUGAGGAUUUCAAAGCACUUUAUAAAUGUUGAUCUCCAAAUCCUCAUACAACCCUGGAAGGAUAGGAUGUGGCAAACAUAAUCUCCACUUCACCAGUAAGGAAGCUGAGAAUGAGAAGGGAUUAAGUGACUUUCUUAGUUAUCUGAAGUAGGAAUAGCCCUCAGCUUAAAGUCAGUGGUAUUAGGCUUCCCCAUAAAAUCAGAAAUAACUCAUCUGGUUCUCCCUACCAUGAGUUCUACUAGUCCUUGCUCCCAGUAAAUGCACAAGAUUUAAAGAUUAUGGAUGAAAGUCAUUAUUAAAUGUUUGUUGAUUUUUUAAUUGUUCCCCUCAAUCAAAUGUGGUUUAUUUACCUUUAAUCUCUAUCUUGUCAUUUUUGCUUCCCUUGAAACUUUAGUAUUUUCAGAAAAUCGGCAGAAGUGAGACUUUUUGAAGUGUUGGAAUAAUUGUUUGAAUGUACCAUCUAAUUUAUUCAUACAAAGAUCCUCUAAUAUAAGUAGCAACUUCCUUGGAAUGAGAGGAAAGGCUUCUCUUCUCAUUCCUGGUAUAUCUUCCAAGGUAAGAAUGGACUGGAAAGCGUUUUAGACAAUUUCUAACUCAUCUGGUCCAUGUCGAUUGAUGGUAGCAAGCAGAGUUAUAGUGUGCAUAGUUAUUUCCAGAGAAUUUCAUACAAUGUCAGAUGGGACCUUAGAAAUCAUCAGGUCCCCUUAUUUUAUAGAUGAGGGAAUUGAAGGCUCAAGAGUUCAAGUGAUUUGCCUAAAGUCACACAGUUAGUAGAGUGAGGAUUUGUGUCAAGUUCUCUGACACCAAGUCUAGUGAUUGCUACUUCAGAUCCCAUUCCAUUUCCUUUGCCUUGAUUUCAGGAAAGUAAUAACUGCCCGUUCUUUAGGCUAGAGCUAAGGAGAGCAGGUGACAGGCAGGGUCACAAAAGCCCCUCGUUUCUAUGGGUGUGGUCAACUGAAGAGAGGCAAGUAAAGAAAAUGAAUUAUGUUGGAAAUUCAGUGUCAUGAACCGUGGCUGUCUAGCAAGAAUAAAGUAUGCCCCACCCCUUUCUGGGCACACGUAGCACAUCACAUGGUUGAAUUGGUCUCUUGCAAAAAAAAUGCAAAUAGGAGAGAAUAGGGGAGAUGAGUGAAAGUGUCUUUUCUGGGGGCAAAGGACAUUUUGUUCUGCAGUCUGGGAGAACCCUUUCUUUGAAAUCCAGAGGCCUUCACUAUUUCUUUCAGAGCCUUACCCCUCUAGUUCACCCAUUUUUCUUGCAAAAAAUGAUCCGGGAAUUUUACCAAGACUUGCAUUGUCAUUAUGUACUCAUGUCGGAUAUGACAUUGGUGUGGCCCUGAUGGAUUGUGUUGGAUUUUAUGUCAAGGGCAUGGAUUUGAGUGAUAGCUUCCUCCAGAGAACAAAUAUGUGAAUUUUUUUUCUAUAGUGUUUAUAUACAUGCAGAUUAAUUUAUAUAUGCACAUAUACUAUACAAAUACUCAUUUGAUAUUACCUUGUAAAAUGUACAUAUGUGCAUUUUAGUAAAUGAAUGCUAGAUAUUAAGGAAAAAACCACCCAGAACAUGGAAAAGAAUGUCUUUGUGUUUAUUUGUACACUGAGCAUGACUGGGGGAAGAGGUAAAGAAAAGGCCAAUUUCAAAGUAACCCACUCAAGAAUCUCACUUCGAAAGUGACAGCCCUUGAAACACAAUCACUCCCACAGUCUCCUUGUGUAUCGACUCUUAAGAGUUUUACUGAGGAGUGUUUUCUUAGUUCUUUUAUUAGAGAUGAGAUCAAGUGUAUAAUCCAAACAUUGUAAUGGAAAAAAAAUCAUAAUAGAAAAUUGCUGUGUUGGAGCCUAUUCAAGCAGAGUUCACAGAAUACACCUUUGCCUUGUGCAGGACCACGUGCAGAACCUGUGGGGCCAUGUGUAGAAAAUGCAGUUUAGUGGAAGGCCGUGGGUCUUUUUGAGGUUAAGGACUUUCUUCAUGUGCAUUAGCCUCUCUCAGAUGGCUCUGACCUCAUGGCUGGAUAGUCAGAGAGAACCAGGAAGGCAAACUAAAAGCAAAGCCUUUGGGGAUGUAGAAAAGACCCACAUUUUAUGUCCUUAGAGUUGAACAUUUAAAAAUGGCUUGAUAUUCUUGCAGAGAAUUUUACAUAAGCAAGUUUUAAAGGAAGCAGUUUAAGGUCAUAGUCAUGGACCUAAAUAAAAAUAACUAUUUGUGAGUAUCAGAAACCCAGUGCUUUGAGUUCAAGCCUCAGGAGAAACUAAAACAGAGAAGAAAAAUUGGAAGCAAAAAUGGUUCAUGGAGCAGACAGCUGGAUUGAAUGGUCCUGCCACCAAUCAUUAUGGUAUUCUAGGCCACAUUACUACAAUUUUGCAUGUAGCCCAAGUAUUGUGUUUUCUUCUAAAUGAAGACAGUCUUUGGAAUUGGGGAAUAGGAGAGAACAGGGGAGAUGAGUGAAUCUUUCUUGACAAAAAAGAAUGUUUGAUAAGCUAACCUUUCACUUCCUCUUUCCAGCAUGCACUUGGACUUUGGAGAGUAGUAAGAUAAUGUACAUUUAUGUUUCUUAUUGCCUGUUUUUUUUAAUGUUUAAUUUUUUACCUGAAAAUAUAGAUCCAAUUUUCAUAGAUGAAACCAGAUCUCUGUUUUGUUGAAGGAAAUAUGGAAUAAUGUGGUAUGCUUUUCAUAUUUUUUGAUUACUUGUUUGAAGUUUUGAUUGUAAAGAUUUGUGCUUUAAGAAUUCCCAUUUUAAAUAGGUUUUUUAAAAAUAGAUUACUUGGUCUGAUCUCUUAGCACUUUCAACUUUUUGUUGUUAGCUGAAUGUACUAAUAGUUAGACUGCUUCUUUUGAGCGUAGCAUUUUUCUAGCAUUUGAUCCCUUAAUUCAUACAUUUAGGCUCCUGUCCUAAUAUAUUCAUGAUCUGCUUCAUUAUUUGCACUGUUUCCUGAGGACAAAAGAAGUCAUCUUAGGGUGUUAGAGGGGAUCUUUCCUUUGCUUCCAGAAUGUGGACAGUUAUCCCUAGUCCCCUUUUGCCUGGGAUUCUGUCUUAGAAAUUCAGAACAUUUUUCCAGGCUGACAUCCUGGAAAGUGGUAGACUCACUCAUUGAGUGGCUGGCAUCCCUCUUCCACUCUACUCCAGUAUCGUGAACAUGUGCCCUAUUAUCUUUCCCCAGUGGGUGUCAGAAUAUAAUCUUAAGUGUGUGAACAUUUCUCCUUCUCUCAGAAUGACCUGUCUUGGACCUCAUCGGCUCUUGUCUUCCUUCCCUUUUAAUGGACCAAAAGAGAUUGUUGGGGUUAGGAGGCAGUGUAUUUCAUUGUUAAUUCAGGCGGUCAGUCCCCAAGGAAAAGGACUUAUAGGAUGUUUUUAUAGAGCACUACAAAGCCCUUCUGAAAUGACUAGUCAUACAGAAAGCCACGUUGCUGUAAAGCCAAGUGUGCUUUCUUCGUGUAUGUUGAGUAAGCCCACAGUUGAGUGGCUGGCUGCUUACCUUCCACCUCUCCCGUGCAGAGCAGGUCACUUCCCUCCCAUGGCUGCGUACUGCCAACGGCAGCUCUGCGUUCUAGAACGCAUUCAGAUGUCAUUUGAUGAAAUUCAAGAGAAAGAUUAGUCCAUCUGGGAAGACUUCCAUUUUGCAGUUUUCAAGGAACCGAAGAGAGGUGAUAGCACCCAAACUUCCAUCCGGGCACUCAAAAAGCCCCCUGCCUGCAAGACCUUACUUUUCCAACCCGUGGGAAAAGGGGAACUGAGAGGUCAGCCUCCUGCUCCCCUUGAAUCCAGGGAACCCGUUGGGACUUGGUAACACUAAUAAACGUGUAUAAGUAAAUGAACAUAAGCCCAAGUAAUAUUUAGAAUAUUUAUAUUUGGAUGUGACUAGGGACAAGUGUGUAUAGAAAGCUUCACUUUCAGAGAGCAAACAUAUUAAUACUAGGCCCUGUCUUCCAAAAGCUACUACCACAUUGUAUGCAAUAUGUUGUAUACUGUUUUCUGUAGCCCCUGUAUAAUUUGGCAGGCUGUGGGAAAUUCUUUAAUUAUUGUGGGGGAACCCAAGAUAUCUGCAUCCAGCAAGGAAUUUCUUGGUUUAUUUAUGCAGUUAUAUGUGAAGAUUAAAACCCAAUCUCUAAGAGUUCAGUAGUUUCUGCUCAAAUUAUAUAUCAUGUUAUUUUCAUAGGCUAGUCAUGUUAGUGGGAGAAAAAAAAGAUACCAAAUUUUUGUUAGCAGUAAGGCAGCACAUAGGAUGUUUAUUUAAAUUAUCAUGUUAUUAUAGGCUAAAGAGCACCUGGCUAGAUUAUUGGUUGUUAACUGAAAAGGGGGUCCCAUGUAAUGCCAUCCUUAAACUGUUUCUCCUUUAUGUAGGUUAACAUAAUUAUUAGUUUUCUUCUGGGGAUCAGCAUGGUCUCUUUCCCUACUUAUCAAUUCAUCACGUCCCCAGUGCCCUGACUUAGCCCUGUAAGUGAAUUUGGCUGCUCUGAUGGCCAAAAAUAAUGACCAAGUAGGAAACUGUGUGUGUUGUGGGAAGGAUGACUGUUGAAAGGACUGGCUUGCUGUGGAUUGUUUAUAACUACUUUCUUUUUAGUAUGAGUGAAAAGACUUAUAGGAAAGGUCAUUUUUAAAAUCAAAGCUUUGUCCCUUUGGACCUGAAGUUUCUCAUUGCCUGGUUAAGGAAGCAAGAGUAAGCAUUUGCAUUAAAAUCUGUAAUAGAAGGCAUCUGGAAGGCUGGCUGCUUCAUAAUGACUUUGGUGGGAUCACUCUUCUGGGAAGGGUUCAAGAGCAACCAAGGACAAGAAGUCAGAGGUUUUAAUUAAUUAAUCAUUCCUUAUUUGGGUGUAGUUUUCAGAAAAAAAGACAGAAAGUGGAGGUGGAGAGAGAGAGACUGAAAUCACAUACUAUAAAACAGCUUAUCUUGGUUACUGCAUUGGAAGCCUGUUCCUCUUUUACCCCUCCUUUUUUAAAGAGAUGAGUCAGGAAAAUUUGAUGAUAUAACUGAAAUAAACAAGAAAAAAUCUAGGAUAAAAACUGUUCAAAAUCACUGAAUAUAAAAUAUGGGUGUUUUUCUCCCAAGUUGGGAUCCAUGUUCUUAAGAGUGUUAACUCUUUACUCACAUGGUGCCUAGUAACUCUAGAACUUAAUUUUUAAAAAAUAGCGCCUGUCUCCUGCCCACAUGUUGCAAUCUGAUGGAAAUGGGGACAUAUCCUGUUAUAAAUGGUAGACUAGAAACCAGGAAGGGUAUGGUUUUAUACCCCAAGUACUUAACCUGAUUAUCAGCCCAACUGUUUUCAGGUGGGAAUUAAAGAAGGGAUAGUUAUUCUUUGGCACAUUCAUAGUUCCUGCUUUGUCCAUAGGCAAGUGCUAUUUCAGUCGUGCCAGGAGGAAUGGCCUGUGCCACGACUUAUUUAAAAAAGGAAAACAUGCCAGCACUCUGCUUCUGCCCCCAUCGAUUAUUCAUUGAGAUUGUUCUUGAGCACUCUCUUCUCCUACCCACUUAUAUUCUAGUUUGAGGUAUGAGUAUUUUUUCCCUUACAUCCUGCAGGAAAAGAGACUUUGAGAAAGAUUGUCACACAUUUUGCUAUUAUUAGACUGGCUGCUGAGAAAUAGUCUAGUUUGGGAAAUCAUUUACUUCAGUUCAGUUCAGCACGUCAAAGUGGGCCUGUUUCUGGUGGCUUGUCUAAAGGUAAAGAACUUUAGGUAGCCUGUAGGUUCUAAAAGGGCCCCAUUUUCCAGGCCUUGCUUUGGGAUUCCAGAGGAUGGGGAUGGGGGUGGAGAACCAGUGGGCUAAGACAGUGGCAUGUCAAUUUAGCCUUAGGUGUGAAAAUCACUUUUUUUUUUCAACUGUGGGUAAACAUUUAAGUUUAAAACCUGCCUUAGAUUGGGGCUCUAGUUAUUGCUACUGCCUGCAGUGGCUCAGGUGAGUGCAAACUUUACCCUCAGUUGGUCUCAAGGGCUAGCACUCCUUACAGCACUGCUGCUCCUUCUAAGAAGUACAUUGUGUAUUUCCCUAAAUCUUGUAUAUGUGGACUUGAUGUGGGGAGGGGAAAAGAAGAGGAAUUGUUUGUAUAGUUUGGAAUGGUUCUAAAUGGUACUUCAGAUCUUGAUUAUUCCUAAAUAAAAUACAUAAAACCAUUA